AUGGGCAAAGUCUCUGUGGGCAAAGUCUCUUUAGGAAAAAGGCAAACUGUCUGUAGGCAAAGUCUCUGUAGGCAAAGUCUCUGUAGGGCAAUGUCUCUGUGGGCAAAAGUCUCUGUUAGGGACAAAGUCUCUGUAGGCAAAGUCUCUUUGAAGGCAAGUCCUGUUGGCAAACUCUCUGUAGGCAAUGCAAACAAAGUGGCAAAGUUCUGUGGGCAAAGUCUGUCAAAGUGUAGGCUUGUAGGCAAAGUCUCUGUAGGCAAAACAAAACAGUCCGCCUGCAAAGUGUCAAAGUGUAGGCAAAGUCUCUGUGGGCAAAGUGUCUGUAGGCAAAGUCUCUGUAGGCAAAAUGUCUAUGUAGGCAAAAUCUCUCUGAGGCAAAGUGUCUGUAGGCAAAGUCUCUGUCAGGCAAAGGCAAAGUGUCAAAGUGGGCAAAGGGUCCGUGGUCAAAGUGUCAGUGGGCAAAAUCUCUGUAGGCAAAAGUCUCUGUAG